GAAAGGCGGCGGGGCGCGGCCGGAGUCACUCCGCAACGGCGGCGGGACAGCGAGGAGAGAGAGGGGGGCUGCUUACACUGCCCGGGCUGGACUCCGCGCUGGGGCCGCCAAUGUGCCUCGGGAAGGAGGAGUUCACCUUGGCGUUAGGGGUUGUGGUUGCACGUUGCCAGAAGGGACUUGCGGCAAGGACCACGCGGUGAAGCUCAGCGCCGGACCCAGGACCCCGCUGUGCACUCACCGCCCCCUCUGGCCCCCCCACUUCAGCCCAUCGUGGAGAGAUCGCCCGGGACUGCUCCCGUCAGAGGAGGGAAAUAACAACCCGAGCAGGAGCCUAGCCUUCCCCGCCUCUUCUUGGAGACGUUCAGGAGUGAAGCCCCGCGCUGCAGAUCCUGAUCCUGCGGCAGCCUGCAGCUGCCUUGACGCUAGAUCGAGAUACAAAACCGUUUGCAGAAAGGGCUUUAUUUGUCUACCGUCACCUGGGGACCCAGAGACUUGACGCUGAAGGACAGCGGUCGUUCCCUCGGCAUCCCGCGGGCACGGCGGGGUCUGGCUCUGCGGAGGAGGGAGCGAAGGGCCGGCGGCCCGCUGCAUGCUGACCCCCGAGAGAGAAGGGCUGAGGAGGGCAGCGGAGCUGGAUUUCCCUCCGCUCGCCGAAUAGGACGUGGAAGAUCUGCCGAGGGCUUUGCAGAGACGAGGAGCGCAGCCCGCCUGCCUCCCCCCCAACCCCGCGGGGCUGGGAGGGCGAGGAGCCGGGGCUGCAGCCUCCUGCCCCGCCGAGCCGCGGCUCUCCGCCGAGCGGAUUUCCCGUCACUAGUGACCUGUCGGAAAUCGGUAAACAUGUAUGACAUGUUGAGGAGAAUGAGAAAGAGCUUUUCCCUGGCUGUCAGUAGAGAAAAGCAGUUUAUUUUCUUGGCUCUCUGAAUAAAUGUGGCAGUUAGAUGCUCUUCUGCAUUUUUAAGGAUUUCAGAUGCAUGCCAGGUUCCCACUGAAUGCCAGAAGUAAAGAUCACUACAGAUGGAGCCCCAAAGUCAACAUGGCACUGGUGGUUCGCUAGUGGUGAUUCAGCAGCCCUCCUUGGACAGCCGGCAACGGUUGGACUAUGACAGAGAGAGCCAGCCAACAACCAUCUUGUCACUGGACCAGAUCAAGGCGAUCAGGGGCAGCAAUGAAUAUACCGAAGGUCCAUCAGUGGUGAAGAAAUCUGGUCCUCGGACAGCACCAAGGCAAGAGAAGCAUGAAAGGACUCAUGAAAUUAUACCAAUUAAUGUGAAUAAUAAUUACGAACACAGACCCAGCCACGUGGGGCAUGUGGCCCAUCAGCAUAAUGCGAGGGCUCCCGUCUUGAGCAGAUCCACCAGCACGGGCAGCGCAGCCAGCUCUGGGAGCAACAGCAGUGCUUCCUCAGAGCAGGGUCUGCUGGGACGGUCACCUCCAUCCCGGCCGGGCUCAGGCCACAGAUCCGAACGGACAAUCCGGACGCAGCCCAAGCAGUCGUCUCUGAUCGUAGAUGAUCUGAAGGGUCCUUUGAAAGAGGACUUGACGCAGCACAAGUUUAUCUGCGAACAGUGUGGGAAGUGCAAGUGUGGGGAGUGCACGGCCCCGAGGGCUCUCCCCUCCUGCCUGGCCUGCAACCGGCAGUGCUUGUGCUCCGCAGAGAGCAUGGUGGAGUACGGCACCUGCAUGUGUUUGGUCAAAGGGAUCUUCUACCACUGUUCCAACGACGAUGAAGGGGACUCUUACGCGGAUAAUCCCUGCUCUUGUUCCCAGUCACACUGCUGUUCUAGGUACCUGUGCAUGGGAGUGAUGUCCUUGUUCCUGCCUUGCUUGCUCUGCUACCCUCCAGCAAAAGGAUGCCUAAAACUCUGUCGAGGGUGUUACGACCGUGUCAAUCGUCCAGGUUGCCGAUGCAAGAACUCCAACACAGUCUAUUGUAAACUGGAGAGCUGCCCCUCUCGGGGUCAGGGCAAGCCCUCAUGAUUUUUGGAGGGAGGAUUACUUCCUCCAACUGCAGUUUUUCAGGUUGUAGCUGAUUUUUCUUUCUUUUUCACCCCAC